AGGCUCAAGUCGGCCCGUCCCCUUCUGCUACCGAUCCCGCCCAUCUCGUCGCCCUCUCCGAAGGACUUGGGGACCCCCCUCCACGAUGCGCGCGCUCCUGCUGGCGUCCGCCUGCUGCGGGGCCGCCUCCCUGACCGCCAGGAAGCCCCGGGUGCGCACGAGGACGAAGACGCUGCUGGCGACCAUGGUCUACCCGGACGACGAGGUCCCGGUCGACCUCAUGAUGGAGCACCACCUCCGCAUGGUCAGCAGCAACAUGAGCAUCCUCCAGGGGGCCAUCAUCGACAACCGCCCUCCGUGGGGCGAGACGCGCAGCAACCAGGAGCCGCUGCUGGGGCGCUACAGGCGCUCGCAGGACACCACAGGCGUCGUCAAAGUGAAGAAGGUUGACUACUCCAAUCUGUCCACCCUCGUAAACCGAUUUUUCAGCUCCGACGAGAUCAAUCUGUACACGCGUCUGGUGGACCCCAAGACCGGCAUUGUGAAGCUCGCGAAGGACGUGCCGUCCAACGUCUCCAAGCUCGACGAGAAGGCCAACGCCGCGCGCCUGCUGGGCAUGCUGAACUUCCUGGAGCUCUGCGCGGACGCCGAGAACGACGUGGACCUGUGCAUCUACAUGGACUCCACCACGUUUGUGCACAGGUCGAACGAGACCGGGAUCGUCGAGCAGGCGGUCAAGGUGUUCCAGCAGAACCCUCAGGCCGUGGUGCUGAACCCGCCGGACAUGUGCACCUACCGGAAGGCCACGGAAAACAACGUCUGCAAGGC